CAUAUUUUAAGUUCACUUGGAGUUGGCUCUCUCAAACUACUAGUUGCUUAUCAGCUGGCCAGCAUAUUCACCGUAUCUUAGGGCGCCCUUCUUGUUCGCAGACACCACGAUGAUUCCGCGAAUCUCCAAGCGAUAUGCUAGCACUGCCAAACCCAAACCUCGCCAGGGUACAAAGGGUGUAUAUGGCGUAACACCAGAGCAUCAACCCACAUCGCCAGAGGAGCAGGCACACAUCAUAAAGCGUCGCAUCGAGAAGGUCGAAAGAGAUGAGCCUAUGGACAUAACCAUGGCAUUGACUCCAGUCGAGACGUACAUGGGAGGUUUUACCCGCCCCCGUGACUUACGUGCUCUGUAUUGGUCAAAGGAUGGUCCGUACCAUGAACAGAAGGGACCAUAUGAAACACCCUCUCCUGCAGCUUACGUCCCUCGCACCGUUUGGCAACAAAUCCGAGCCUUCCACUCAUCAGCCCGUCGUCACUAUCCCUCUGAGUCUUACAACGAAGAACACAUCGUCCCCAACUUUUACAUCAAGCACAAAAAAGAUCGCAAGCACCAGGUGGAUAAGCUGAUGAAAUCAUCUGUCACACCGUCAACCACUUCUCCAUCCGCCACGGAUACCGCUGGUCUUGAUGUUGCAGCUGCUGAAGAAGCUAUUCACGAUCCGACCCGACAAACCAAAGCCGUGAAGAGACGCAAGCAUGAGGAGUCUGCACUCAUGGAACACCUCUCAGACUCUAUUCUUGGCGACGACCUUGUGGCCAGCACACGCCGCCUUGUCAGCAAGAUCCCUGUCGAGCACUACGACAAUGAUGGCUUUCUUGUGCACCCGAGCGGGUUUGUCGUUCCUGGAAAGGGCCACACCAGCACUAGUGAUGCUGCACGUGCCAAAGAGCACGCGAGAGAUGAGGAUGAAGAACGCGCUGCACAGACAGCCUCAGUAGCUGAACGCGUCCUCGAAUCCGACUUCGAUCAUGUGCAUUCUGCCAUGGCGAGUACGCGCCCGCGUUCUCAUAAGGUUCCCUUCGAAAUCAGGGAGCCUGACGGCACGGUGAAACACCCGAGCGGCUUCGUUCCUCCAACUCCCGCCGACGAGUUCAAGUAUUCUGACAGUGCCAGUCUUGAGCGGGGCCUUGCGGGUGCUAUUAGCAGACAACGCGCCCGUGAUGUGGACAAUAAGAACCCCACAAUCAUAAAGGGCCGUCGCCUGCACACCACAGCCGUUGUGCGUGCAAGCGAGGUGGCGAUUCCAACCCAUCUCAUGCAGCCUGUGCCUGCUCCUGAGAUUGACUCUCAGGCCUCAUUAGGGCUCUCCGAAAGCGAGCCAGACCAUGUUGGCGCUAUUCGCGCCAAAUACCUCCCAAUUCUUGCACAAGAGUCUUUUUUUCGACCCCUCUUGACGUUGGCAGUUUCUACCAGACCCCUUGCGAACAGUCUGGUGCGCCUUUCGCGUGCCCUUCCUCGCGGCCUUCCUUUCUAUGCUUCCGUCGUGCCUGAGGACCACAAGUUUUCUAGGCGUAUUUGCGACGAGACGGGCGAGGAACUUACGUACCCGUCGAAGUCUGCACAAGCACACGUGGUAGAGCAAGACAGUUCUGAUGCGCUUGUGGAAAUGAGGGGAGCUGGAGAAGUGUAAGGUGGAGAGGAGGCUCGUGAUUGUUACGAGAUUGUUGGCGAAGGUCGUGCUGGGAACGGAAUGGGUUGUGUUGCUCUACAGACGUACCAUUCAAAUCUUGUUUACAUUCGCAUACAUUCGCUGUAAAUGAUAUUCGCUGCCAGUAGACGAUGAUAUUCUAAAGUGUGGUUGUUAUUUUA